AUGGCUUCAAAGAUUUCCCUAAAGGCGGCGAAAGGAAAGAGCGUAAAGAAGGCGUCGGCGGCGGCCGAGGAGGAGGGGUCUACUGCAGCGGCGGCAAAGUUCGUUAAGGAGUGGAGCACGUGGACCGUGAAGAAGGCUAAAGUUCUAGUUGGUUGGACGAUCAAGGGUAUUACAAUGCAACCACAAUCGCUGAAGCUUACCAUCCGGUUGAAUAGGGAACAAAAUAAGGUUAAUGAUUCAUCUGCCCCUAAUCACCCGAUUAGAAUGGAAGGAAAACCAAAUAUCCCAAAUAGUUCUACUCUUGGGGGCAGCCUGGAGACCACUCUUCAGGAUCCAUUUUCUUCUACAGAUGGAGAAGAAAUUCAUAACGUAGGAGAUGAGGAAAAUCAAGCUGGAAAUGCUCAAAAUCAGUUGGUGCUUUAUGACCCUGCUGUUGCCGAUAGUGCUCGUGGAGUUGAAGCUGUCCCAGAUUCCAUUUCUCAUCAACCUCCAUCCUUUUCUAGAUUCCCCCUUUCAAAUCAGCCAUCGAGGGUAUUGCCAGCUGUAGGGGCUUUCACUGUCCAGUGUGCCAACUGUUUCAAAUGGAGGCUCAUUCCAUCAAAGGCAAAGUAUGAGGAAAUACGGGAACACAUUACAGAACAACCCUUCUUAUGUGAAACAGCUCGUGAGUGGAGGUCUGAUGUAUCAUGUGAUGAUCCAACUGACCUUAUGCAGGAUGAAAGCAGGCUUUGGGCAAUUGACAAACCCAACAUUUCUCAACCCCCUCAUGGGUGGGAGCGACUUCUGAGAAUCAGAGGUGAAGGCAGUACCAAGUUUGCAGAUGUGUAUUACGUUGCACCGACAGGCAAGAGACUUCGAUCAACGGUGGAAAUUCAAAAGUACCUGGAUAAACAUCCAGAAUAUAUUGGAGAAGGUGUUACAAUGUCACAAUUUUCGUUUCAAGUUCCAAAGCCUUUACAAGAAAACUAUGUCAGGAAGCGUCCUCCUCAUUCUGCACCUUCCUAUGAUGCUGUCGACCACGGGACGCCAGCUCUUGAUCCCUAUAAAGCCAUAACAUGGGUUGGUCCUGAUGAGGACACAAACUUGCAACUCGGUGGAGGGCCAGGGCUCUCGACUCCUUAUUCCGAGGUUCCUAAUCUCAAGCCUGAAAGUCAACCAACAAAGAAAAAGAGGACACCUUCCAAGCGAAGGUUAAAUGGUAAAUUAGUUUAUAAUCUAAACCAGGAUGCUUUGCAGCUAUCUCGCCUCGUAUAA